ACAUAUGUACCUAGGUAGAUGCCUAUUUAGGUUACAUAUAUAUACCAUUAUGGCUCAUCUUACACAUGUACCUGUCUAGGGUAGUGGGAUCAAAAUGCUACCCUGAUAUAGCCGAUAGGAAGAGCUGGCUACCGAUAUCGUUGAUCAUGAACAAGAACGUCACGCGGAGGUCCUUCGCCCUCACCCGAGAAUAAAGGCAACUGCGGUAGAAAUAAUAAGCGUAUAAGUGAUCAGAUUCAGCAUCACUUUCAGUUCGCUUAUUUACUUUGUUCAGUUCGCAUCUCACCAUCAUCACUGUCACUACAGAACGUCGUUCCUGGCUCGUAUAACAAGAGUUCGAACACCUAGCUACUAAGUAUGAGUGUAGUCGAGACACAAGUCCAGGCUCAGGCUCUAGAGACCUAUCCUUGUCCUCUGUUGGAUACCCGCUUCUCGAUUUUAAAGCAGUCUAUAAUCAAGCCCGAAGACAAAGCUCGAGUUAUUAAUUCUUAUCAACGCCUUACGAUCGCCCUGGAGAAGAACGCCAACUUGAUCGCCAAGCGAGGUCCUCAAGCAAUACCGGAAAUCGACUUCGCCGACGUCCAAAGUAAUGACGGUUCUUUCCCUACAGGUUUCAAAAGCAUUGUCAAGCAGACAGGUUGUGUCAUAAUCCGUGGAGUCGUAUCAGAGGAACAAGCUUCAUCUUGGGAAGACGAGCUCAGGAGCUACACGAAGAACCACCGUGUCGCAGGGUUCCCCAAGGAUGACCCUCAAAACUUUAGCCUCUUCUGGACUCGACCACAAGUCCAGAUACGGAGCCAUCCAAAUGUGAUGAAAGCAAUGAAAGCAGUGGGCCAGCUGUGGCACAUAUCCCAAGACGAUCAGCUAUUCGAUUUGGAAAGCCAGGUGGUUUAUGCUGAUCGUUUUCGAAUUAGACACCCCACAACUGAUGCAGAAUAUACCCUUCCAGCUCAUCAAGACAGCGGAGCUAUAGAGAGGUGGGAGGACCCCGAGUACCGUGCGUGCUAUCAAAAGAUUUUUGAAGGUAGAUGGGAAGAGUAUGACCCGUGGUGUGCAGACCACCGCUCCGAUGCCAAAACCAGCCUCUACUCAUUGGCCAAGUCAUGUUCCGCUUUCCGCGCUAUGCAAGGAUGGAUGAGUCUAUCCCAUACCAACACCGGCGAAGGAACCCUACGUCUAGUCCCCGAGCUCAAGUGCGCGACCGCGUACCAAAUGCUGCGGCCAUACUUCGUCCUCGACGAAAGGUUCAACGACACCGCGCCCCUAUUCCCCGGCGCCAACCCCGGAAACCUGCAGUUCUUUCCAACCACCAAACUGCAUCCCCAUCUGCUCCUGGAAAAGAGCAUGGUCGGCAUCCCGCCCGUGAAGCCCGGCGACUACGUCUUCUGGCACUGCGACCUCGUCCACGAGGUCGACCGGUUCCACCCCGGCACCCGCGACUCGUCCGUCAGCUACAACGGCUGCGUGCCCCUGUGCCCAUACAACCUCGAGAACCUACUGAGGCUGCGCCAGAGCUUUCUGGAUGUCAUGCCGCCGAAGGAUUUUAACGGGAUCGAGCAUGGCGAGCUGGAGAGGGAUCAUAAGGAUCACGGUGCGAGGAGGGAGAAUAUAUUGUCGGUCGAGGGGUUGAGAGCGUUGGGCUUUGAGCCGUUCGAUGCGGAAGAGGGGGGGAUUACGGAGGGCCAGCGCGAGAUGCGGAGGCUGGCGAAUCGGAAACUUGGGUUUGAGAGUGCAUAAUGUGUUAUCUAGUAGUCUCGAUCCGACCCAAAAUAUGCUGUAGCUAGAUGCUUGCCCAGGUAAGCAAGUAUUGGAGAAGUAGAGGGUUUGCAAGUGAGAGCUUUGGCAGUGGGCAAUAAAGGAGAUCAUCCCUAAUUAUCCUGCUUAAGCACCCGUUAGCUUAAAGGCAGUAGAUAAUGAAUACAU